AUGGCUCCAGCAAGAAUCGUGGAAGACGUUCCAUGGACGUCUCCCGCUUACCAACCCGAGCCUUACGAUGGGCCCCCACGCAACGUCGCCUAUAUCGAUGCCAUCAAAUUCAACGAGAGUGUGAAACCUCCCAAGUACGAGAUCCUGGGCACAGAUCCGGACUCCAAGAUUCUUUUCCUAGAUGUCAGCAUUUUGGAGUGCACGGGAAAGCCGCCUUACCGUGGCGAUGUCUUCAUCCAAGGCGAACGUUUAAAGGCAGUCGGCAAUGUCGCCAACAAGGAGCAGUUGCUGCAAAACCCAGAUGUUCGAGUGUUUCAGGGCAAGGGACGGACAUUGAUGCCAGGCCUGGGUGACUCGCACACCCACUUCUCCUGGAACGGUGGCGAUCUCGCUUCCUUGGGCGGCUUGAAUGUUGAGGAGCACACCCUCUUGACCGCCCGGAGUGCAAAAUGCUACCUGGAUUCCGGCUAUACCAUGUGCUAUGGUGCUGCAUCUGCCAAGGAGCGUCUCGACGUCGCGAUUCGGGAUGCCAUCUACGCCGGCGACAUUCCCGGACCACGGUCUCUCGCCAAUGGAAAGGAGAUGGCCAAGCGUGACGGUGACCUGGAAGCAGCAAUCACUGCUUUUGCAGACACACCUGAGGAGAUGAGGGAAGUCAUCAAACAUCACGUCGGCAUUGGGGUUGACAACAUCAAACUCGUAAUGUCCGGAGAAGAGAUCUGCGAAGUACGGUCAGCUCAAGACUGCUAUUUCACAGACGAAGAGACAGCUAUCUGCGUGGAAGAAGCACACAAAGCAGGUAAAUCCAUCUGUGCACACGCAAGAGCAAGAGACUCUUCGAGACAUAAGCUCACAGCACCGUUUCAGCAUGGGGUGGACGUCAUUUAUCAUGGAUCUUAUAUCGACGAGGAGGGCAUGGACAUGCUGGAGGAGGCACGGACCAAGCAUGUCGUGGCUCCAGCAAUCAAUUGGCUCGUUGCAACUUUGAAUGACGCUGCAGCAUUCGGUUAUUCCCAUGAGAAGGCCGAGCAAGUUGGGUACAAAAAGGCGAGUCCCUAUAAGUGCCAGCCGCUUCAAGUCAGUGACUAUGGAUUUGCAUGGACUCCUCACGGAACAUAUGCUCGCGACCUGGCCCAUUUUAAGAACUUGAUGGGGUUUACUGCUCACGAGUCCAUUAUCGCCGCCACCUACGGCGUGGCCAAGGUCAUGAUGCGAGCCGAUGAGAUGGGCCAGAUCAAGGAAGGCAAUUACGCGGACUGCAUCCUCGUUGACGGCAAUCCGAUUGACGACAUUGACGUCCUCCAGGAUCACAGCAAGUUGAAUGUCAUCAUGAUCAAUGGUCGUGUCCACAAGGCCGGGAGGAAGGAGUAUGUGCCGCCGCCCGUAGCGGGACAGGAUGAGAACAAGCAUCCCAUCGUGCCAGAUGUCGCAAUCCGAGAAGGAAGGCCAACAGUUCAGAGUUAG